GAAAAUGUCGGUUGCAGGUUAAAAAUGAGAAGGAAUUCAUCUCCAGGAAGCUCAAAAACAACACGCCAGUUUUGUUGUCUCUGCCUAGAUACUUAAGAAGUGGAGCAAGGGAUCCAAUUGUCCACCCUUCCUGCUCAGACUGUGGGGAGGAAUUCACUCGGUGAUUUUGACCAACUGGCAUGCCCAUCAUUUUACACAGGAAAAAGGACAUUCACCUGCCCAGACAGUGGGAAUGGAUUCACUCGGUCAUCUCAACUAAAGGUACAUCAGCAAGUUCACACUGGACAAGGCCAUUCACCUGUUCUGUGUGUGAGAAGGGGUUCAGUCGGUCAUCCCACCUGUGGACACACCAAUCAGUUCACACCACACCGGGCAGAGGCUGGUCUUCUGCAGAACUUCUGGGUAAGGAUUCACUCUGUCAUCUGACAUAAUGGCUCACCAGCGAGUUCACACUGGGGAGCGGCCGUUCACCUGCUCAGUCUGUGGGAAAGGAUUCACUCUGUCAUCCACCCUACUGGUACAUCAGCAAAUUCACACUGGGGAGAAGCUGUUCACCUGCUCAGACUGUGGAAAGGGAUUCACACUGUCAUCCCGCCUACUGGUACAUCAGCAAAUUCACACUGAGGAGAAGCCGUUCACCUGCUCAGUCUGUGAGAAGAGAUUUACUCAGUUAUCCCGCCUACAGGGACACCAGCGAGUUCACACUGGGGAGAAGCCUUUCACCUGCUCAGUCUGUGGGAAAGGAUUCACUCUGUCAUCCACCCUACAGAGACACCAGCGAGUUCACACUGAGGUGAAGCCAUUCACCUGCUCAGUCUGUGGGAAAGGAUUCACUCUGUCAUCCACCCUACAGAGUCACCAGCGAGUUCACACUGGGGAGAAGCCUUUCACCUGCUCAGUCUGUGGGAAAGGAUUCACUCUGUCAUCCAACCUACAGAGACACCAGCGAGUUCACACUGAGGUGAAGCCAUUCACCUGCUCAGUCUGUGGGAAAGGAUUCACUCAGUCAUCCAACCUACAGAGACACCAGCGAGUUCACACUGGGGUGAAGCCAUUCACCUGCUCAGUCUGUGGGAAAGGAUUCACUGUGUCAUCCAUCCUACUGGUACAUCAGCGAAUUCACACUGGGGAGAAGCUGUUCACCUGCUCAGACUGUGGGAAGAGAUUCACUGACUCUUCCACCCUACGGAGACACCAGCGAGUUCACACUGGGGAGAAGCCGUUCACCUGCUCAGAAUGUGGGAAGCGAUUCACUCGGUCAUUUUGA